AUGUUCUCCACCGUCGGCGUCAGCCGCUCCGUCGUCGGCGUCAGCAGUCUCUGGCGAUCUCCUCACCACCUCUCCAUUCCUCGCUCCCCCUCGCGGCGCUGCGCGUGUCUCUUUCCAUGCGUCUCUCAAGCUAACCUUAACGCCCCACGCUACCAGAGUAGUAGUCGAAUCAAACUGCAUUUUCCAAUUUCCCUCCCCGUCCUCCCCUUUUCUCGUCCGACGGACCCUACUAAAGUCGUACCGAGUCCAAGUUCCUCCCCCUUCACUUCCCCCAAUCACCCCCCUUUCCCCAAUCCCCACCUCCCCACCUACACCCCCCUUCCCCCCUCCCUCCCUUCCCCACCUUGCCCCCCCCUCCCCCUUCCCCCCGGCGCCACAGACUGCUCAUUUGCGGACUCCCUUUCCGACUUCGUGCUCUCCGGCGAUGCGCUCACCGCGACAUACAAGGGUUGCCCCGCCGUCACCCUCACCUCCGACGCCGCCCUGCUGGCGGGCGGCGCGCUCAACCCCUCCGCCAUUGCCCUCACUGACCGCACCUCCUCCGCCGACGGCUGCGCGCCGCUGGAGUUCUCCGCGUCGUUCGCGUUCGCGGUGGCGUCCGCGAAGAACGGCGCGUCGAAGGCGGGGCAAGGGCUGACGUUCUUCGUGACGGCGGAUGCGGCGUGGGAGGCGGGCAGCGACAGCGGGUUCCUUGGAUGGGGCGAGACGGGCGACUCGCCGAGCUUCGCGGUGGAGUUUGACACGUUUAAGGACCCAUGGGACAAGGCCACGCCGCAUAUCGGAUUCAACCUAAACGCGUCCGUCAAAUCAGUGACCGCCAGCAAGGCAGCCAUCCCCGCGCUCAAAGACGCGAAAGUCAAAUACGUCUGGAUCGACUACAACCCGGACACGAAGCAACUCUCCGUUUUCCUCAACACGGCCAAGAGUCGCCCCGCCAAGAACACCUUCGUUACAAGCUUUGACCCGUGCACGCUUUUUCCGGCUUCGCAAAACAGUGACACGCCGUUGUACAUGGGGUUCAGCGCGAGCACGGGCGCAAAGUACUACUCCGCGCACACACUCCUCGGCUUCGACGUCACCGCCUCCGCCGCCCCGGCGCAGACGGGGGGCGGAGAGGGCGGAGCGGGCGGCGAGGGCGGAAGCGGGGGAGCUGGGUCCGGUGAUGCUAGCGGCGGUGGAGAUGGCGGUGACGUUAAUGGUGGCGGGAAUGUUACUGGGGGGGCAGGAGGGGGAGGGGGAGCGGCGACCGUCGAUCCAACAACCCCGCCGAGCUACUUCCCCACGCGCGUCGGCGAUCGCUCCCUGGGAGGGCUGCCCAUCCCGCGCAACAACUCGCGGCCGAAGCAGAAUCGGUGGUUUCACUACGCGUCCGUGUCGCUGAAAAUCGAGAGCAGCAACAACACCGCCAAAUGGGCGCUGCGCGAGCACAAUCAUGUCGACUGGCGCGCCAACCUGUCGGUCGUUGUGGAUCAGGACUCGCCCAGCCUCUGCAGUUCCUGCUGGGCGUUCGCAGCAGCGUCGGCGAUAGACGGCGCGUUGCUGGGUUACCGCAUCCAGCCGCCGCAGCGCGUGUCGGUGCAGCAGAUGCUGACGUGCGGCACAGACGACUGCAACGGCGGGUUCACGACGGACGCGUUUGAAUACGCCAUCGCGAACCCGCUCGUGUCCAAAGCGGUGUACCCUUACAUGGCGAAUGACAGCACCGUUUGUAACAAGAGCAUUAUCCAGGCGAAUCCAGGAGUGGCGAUGGUGCGGUUCUACGAGCGGGCAAGUCUGCUGGGGCCAAUAGGGCUCAUGCUGGCGCUGCAGUUCCAGCCUGUUGUCGUGCACGUGGAGGCAGACCAAGACUGCUUCCUUAGUUACAACGGGACGAGCAUACUGGAGGAUAAGACGUGCUUUGCCAACCGCAUGGUGAACCACGUGGUGGUGCUGGUGGGGUAUCAUCUGGAGGGGCCGGGGCAGCCGGGCAGCUACUUCAUUCUGCGCAACAGCUGGGGCACCACGUGGGGUGACAACGGCCACAUGAGGAUCGGCUUCGACCGCUCGCCCUUUGGCUACUGCGGCAUGUGGAGCGAACCGGGUUACUACCCCAUGCUGCCUGCUGUCCCCGGCAAGUGGUGCCUCGGCGCCCCCUGCGGCGCAGGCAAGUGCUCGGACCCGCCGCUGCCGCCCAAGCCAGGGGAGAAGCCGAAGCAGUACUACAGCUGCGACUGCACCAACGAGGACUUUCUCAUUCCGGCCGUUAAUGUUGACGGCACCGACACCUGCAUCGUCAAGACGGUGUGCAUGCUGCAGCUGCAGAACCCCUGUGGCGCCGGCACGUGUGUGGACGAUGGCGUGGGUGGCUACAACUGCAAGUGCCCUGCCAACUACACCUCCACCGCUCGCCCUGACGGCUCUGCCACCUGCAUUCCCCCGCCCAUCGCAUCAACCACAUACACCAUCCAGGAGGGAGACACAUGCGACACCAUAUGUGCAGCCAACAACAUCACCACCACUGACUUCCAAUCCAUGAAUCCGGCCAUCGACUGCAGCAGCAACCUGACAGCAGGAAUGACAGUCAAUGUGACAUCAGCAUCGGCUGUUAAGAUGUGUAUCAACUAUUACACCACGCAGCCGAACGACACGUGUGAAUCAAUUGCUACCAAGUUCAACCUCACCAGUCUCACCUCCAUCAACCCCACCCUCGACUGCGACAACAUCACCGCCACCCAACUGUGCGUGGAGAUGGGCCAGGCCCUCCCCCCGGCCUCCGUAUCAACGGUGUGUACAGAGUAUUACACGCUCAGCGCCACCGACACCUGUGCGAGCGUGCAGAGCGCGUACGGGCUCACCGCCACGGAGCUGUACCGGCUGAACCCGGGACUCAACUGCAACAACCUCAUUGACGACUCCGACUCCUCCCUCUGCGUGGCACAAGCCAAGUUCGGCGCCUCCUCAUGCAGCAAGCGCUACACGGUCAAGUCGGGAGACACGUGUGCGGCCAUAAUCUACAAGUACUUCCGCGGGAAGACAUCGUACGUCAGCAAGCUCAACAACGGCUUUGUCUGCACCUCCUCCUCGCUCUACGUCGGCCUCUCCCUCUGCGUCUACAACCUCUGA